AUGCGGAAAUAAGAGAUAGUUUCUUUUAAUAGCGUGAGAAUAAGCAUCGCUUCCUUGAUAGGACGGGACUAAAUUCAGAGUUUAAAAAAACCAACGAGGAAACAUUUAAAUCCACAAUGAAAACAAAAGCAUUUUCCAUUCUUUUGAACUUCCUGUUUAUUUGGAACAUCGAGACCUUGACAUCGGUCAAACGACCUUGUCAACCAAGAAAAAUGAACUGUAUUACAAUAACGUCGAAGAAAAUGCAUGGACAAAAUUUCACGGAAAAAGAUAUAAAAGCUCAAAAGAAAGAUAUAAAGCACGUGAAAUGUCUUCAAGUGCGUGAUGCUAAAAUACGCUUUAUCGAAAAAGCACUCUUCUCAAAGUUGGUAAACCUCUCCGAAUUAUGUCUAACAAAUCUCUCAAUGGAGGAGAACACGAUCAAAGAUGGUUUAUUAAAUAUAAAUAAAACGAAAUUAAGCCAAUUAAGCUUGGACAAUGUGGGACUAGACUCGUCCAUUUUGGAGGAUCUACACCUCUUUCUACCCAAAUCAUUGGAACAUUUAGUUCUUCGAAACAACGUCAUUUCGUUCUUUUCGACUGAUUACAUUUCGAAAACUGAUACUCAAAUUUUGGAUCUUUCCUUCAACAUAAAUCUUUCACUUAUCAUGAAUAGAACGAUACCCUCUUUGACACAUUUGAUUUUAUCAUAUUCGGGUUUUCGGUGGAAUACUACAUUUCAAAUAAAUGGCACUUGUGUAUUUCCAAAUCUUUCAGUGUUGCAUUUGGAAGGAAACGAAGUAAACUUAUCCGCGGUUGACAUUAAAAAUAACUGUUUCGCAAAAAUCAUAUCUCUGUAUUUAAACCGAUGUCGAUUUAUAGUGCCAAUCAAUAGUGAAAGUUUCUCGUUUUUCCCAAAUUUAGAACAUUUAUAUAUGAACGGAAUAACAAACAUGGUCCAAUUACCUACAUUUAGUAAUACAAAAAAUCUGCUCACUCUGUCUAUCAAUGAUGUAGUAAACAAUUUUUUUCAACCUUCAACAGAUAACAUGAAAUGUUUUCAAAAUUUGAAGAAUCUACAAUAUCUUGAAAUGCGAAAAUGGAACAUGACAUCGUGGAAAUCUGACCAAUUAUGUGUUCUUUUCACACCAGUAGCAAACACGUUGAAGAAAAUGGAUUUGACUUCUACUGGUUUAGGAUCAAUUCCUCGUAUUAUCAGUCAAAUGAACAACUUAAAAACACUGAAAUUGAACAACAAUAGGAUUUCAAAAUUGGAUUACAUGUCAAAGCAAACGAAUAAAAAUCUGACAACUCUCUGGUUGCCAUAUAAUUUGAUUGAAUUGGUGGACCCAAAUUCUAUACCACCUAGUGUGACAAAUUUCAAUCUCAAAGGAAACCCGUUUCGUUGUACAUGUGAAUUAAUGCCCUAUAAAAAUUGGAUUUUAGAGAGAAAAUUACAAAAAAUUGUUCAGGAUUGGCAGACCUCUUACCAUUGCUUUGAACCACUGGACUGGAAAGGCAAAUCACUGGAUGAAUUCAAGCCAAAAGUAACAGAUUGUCAACCAUUUAAUCAGUAUGUCAUAACCGCCAUUGUUUUGUGUUGUUUAAUGGUCGUUGUUGUCAUAACAACAAACGUGUAUGUCAAACUCAGAAAAAGUCACAGAAAGGGAAGAUCGCUGAAAUCUUAUGGCGCAUGCGAGGAACAGAAACUUUUAGAGACGUCAUAAAAACUUAGUUUUUGAUAGCGA